AUGGACAACUUAUACAUGAAAGGUGAAUUACUACAAGUUCAUACAAAAAACAGUGAAAUAUUUGAAGGCCGGUUUUACGGAAUGACGAAUGAUAAGUCAAAGAUUUCUCUUUACAAUGUCAAAGAACCACAAGGAGACCCCAGUGAUGGCAUUCUUCACUAUUAUGACUCUGAUAUAAGGGACAUUGUCAAACUUAAGGAACCAGAUGAACAAAAGCAUUUAAAAAUAUCAGAAAAAGAAUGUGAAGAAAUAUUAAAGACAUCAAAAAAAUACAUAUACAUAAACCAAAUUGAUAAGAUUUUCCAUGAUGCAAUAGAAGACCUGAAUCAACAUAGUUAUAUUGCCUUGAGUACUGAUGGUGCAAACAUGGGAAGGAAAUGUAAAAUGCCAGUUUUGGUAUUGUCUACACCUACUCAGAUUUAUAUAUUUGAUAUUCAUGUCUUGGAAUACCAUGCAUUUGAAGCUGGACUUAAGAAACUUCUGGAAAGUGAGAUUCCUAAAAAGAUAAUUCAUAAUUCCAGAAAUGUAUCAGAUUGUUUGUUUCAUAAACACAAUGUUAAGCUGAAUUCAGUAUUUGAUACUCAGGUUGGUGAUCUACUUAUCACUAGAAACAAAACUGGCCGCCUUCCUGAUAAAGUGAAGAGUCUAGCACAAUGUUUGAAUCUUUAUCUUGGCUUGCAACUGUCUUUUGUGGAUGACAAAUUUGGAGUAGUGGAGUGUUCUGCGCGCCCAUUGCCUGUACAGAUGAAGGACAGCCUCGCCAAGAAUAUUGCAUUCUUGCAUCGUCUUUCAGAAACAAUCAAUGAAGAAAUGUUGCUGCCAUUUGUGAGAGGUGUUGAAUGCUUUGUAGAAAAUAUACGAUCUCUGGAUGAUUUCAAAGCUUGGGAACGUUGUGGUAUGCAAAAUCAAAUACCAAAGGAUUUUAAGAGUGCAAUUGAGUAUUAAAUACUAUCUUCGACACAUUCCGAAGAGAAACAAAAAAUGUAGGCCUAGUUUUUUUUCUUUUCUUGCACAUUUUGGUUUCAUGCUUUUAGACUAGUCUCUUUAAAUUACAGUAUUAAUCAAAAGUAAUCAAAACAUUUAUUGUAGUUGUUUACAAUUAGAUUUACUCUAUUUUAAAAAAGGACAUGCACAAGUGUAAUGGCUUCUUUCUAGUAAGUACUUAAUAUUAUAUUAUUAGGGCAAGUGUUUGACUAUGUGUAAGCUACACAUUAUUAUAUUUCAGCUCAUUAAUAUACCAGCAAGCAAAAUAGAAAAUAAUGGAACAGACAUUUGUACAUGUUUGUUUCUAUAAACAUUUAAAGUUAAGUGUAAACUUGUAAUAUCAAAAAUGUAACAGCUUCUGUCUUUAAUGUAUCUGUGAUCACUCAACGCAAGUGUCUGAUAGGGUUUGAAAUAGUCGUAGAUUAUUUUUAUAUUUAUGGAAAAUGUUGAUGAAGUAUGACAUUUAUUUCUUGUAUUUAUAAUUCUCUAUAAGAUUCAACUGAUAUAUAUUUUUAUGUAGGUUAUAUUAAAAAAUAAUGUUUUGUCAUAUCUUGUCGUAAAAUAAUAUAAUUGUGUAAUAAUAAUAUCUUUGAUGUAAGAUUCGUAAUAUUUUGGGAGAAGGUUUACAGAUGGUUUACUUAUGGUGUGAUUAUGUGUGGGCUUAAAUUAUCACUUUUUAUAAAGAAGCUUGCUUAUGUGUUGUUCAGAGCCAUGCUUUAAGUUUGAAUAAAACCUGUAUGUGCUUGAA